UGGAAAACAGCACUUCCUGUCGGGAGAGGCACCAGGCUCCACAGCAUAGUCUUCAUCCUCCAGAGGCUCCUUAACAAACUUCCACAACACACAACCAGCAACUUUUCUGCAGCUCUCUUCAUCAAGAAAUCCUGUUGCCAGCCACAUCAGCUGGACAAACCAAAGUAGAAAUGUCCCCUCCGUCCGCACGGCUGCAGACCAAACCCGUGAUAACGUGUCUGAAGACGUUUCUCAUCUCGUACAGUCUGAUUUUCUGGUUCACAGGAGUGAUCCUGUUGGCCGUUGGAGUAUGGGGAAAGGUUAAUUUGGAGUUCGACCUACUCUUGAGUUCAGACAAGGGUACCAAUGCACCAUAUGUCCUGAUUGGGACCGGAGCCGUCAUCGUCAUCUUUGGGUUGUUUGGUUGCUUCGCAACCUGCCGUGGGAGUCCAUGGAUGCUGAAACUGUAUGCUAUGUUCCUGACACUGGUGUUCUUAGCCGAACUUGUCUCAGGCAUAUCUGGCUUCAUUUUUAGACAUGAGAUUAAAGCAGUACUUCAAGAUGUCUAUAAAAAUGCUGAAUCAGCCUACACUGGUACAGACAUCAGAAGCAACGAUCUGGACAGGAUCCAGAGCACACUACAAUGCUGUGGAGAGAAGAACUACACUAGCUGGGCAGACACAGAUUACUUCAAACAAGAGGGAAUCCCCAAAAGUUGCUGUAAUAUUACUGCUGGUGUGAAUUGCACUACUGCAGAACUGAAGGAUCUAAAGUUGGCUGCAGCAGUGGUGUACCAACGCGGCUGUUUCUCUCUGAUGACUACCACGAUGGAGGCUAAUGUUGGCAUUAUUGCUGGAAUAUCUUUUGGAAUAGCAUUCUUCCAGCUUAUUGGGAUAUUCCUGGCAUGCUGUCUGUCUCGCUAUAUCACCAACAACCAAUAUGAGAUGGUGUAGUAAUCCUCCAUUACAGGGUACUGUAGAACUCAGCAUCACCAAGGACUGAACCUGACACAAAGGGAAAUCGUGUAGUUUCAAUGUUUUGUAUGUGUGCCUUAGCUAAAUAUUUUAUAGCUGCUUUUUAAAAAUAUUUCUUGUUGCUAACUAGAUUGAAGGGAUGGAAUCCAUUCCUAAGGGACAGGCCAAUUUUGCAUAGUUGUUUUGCCAGAGUGUAAAUGUAACCAUGAUUAGAUACACAAGUGCACACAUUUUACCCAGUGUUAAACCAGAAAUACUCUGUUAAUGCAGCAGAUGGAGUGCUGUACACAUUGACUCAACACAUAACUAAAACAUUAGUAAAGUUUCUUGAAUGAAACCUGAACCUUUUCUCAACAUUUGCCAAAAAGUACUUGAUAGUUAAUAAAGAUAUAAUGUUUUACCUUUUGAGGUCCUGUGUUAUCCAGUGUUACAUAUGAAGUGUGUGUGUAGGCCUAAUCACCAGAUAAGCUAGUUUAGAUACAGAAAAACAUGUUUUCCCAUUCCAUUUGGAUUGCUUUUGUUAAAAUUAUGUAGUUAUUUGCAGCCUCGGUUUAUUGAUGUAGACGUGAUAGUAUAAUAAUGACAGAAAUUGCUGAAUGCCAUGACUGUGAUGAGCUGUAGUCUCUCUUUAACUUUGAUAUGGCUAUAAAAAUGUGAAAUUGUCAGAGAAGUUUGUGAGUAACAAUAAUAAAAAUGUACAUACAAACAGAAA